CCCUUGAGUCCGACUCACUGAAGCUGCCUUUGUUUGACUGGGAACCAGAGAGAGAGAGAGAGAGGGAGGGAGAGAAGGAGGAGGGGGAGGAGGAGAGUGUGAGGCUUUUAGUUUGGAGUGAGUGUGAGAGAGAGAGGCAGAGUGGGCUCCAUCUCUCUCUCUCUAACACAUGAACAGCACAACUUUAGUUUAAGAUUACCAUCACUGAAGAUGACUGCACGCAUUCCUCCCUGGUUCUUUGGAUUAUUUCUACUAGUGCUCCGGUUCUGCUGUCGUCGCUCCUUUGCUCAGCUGUUGGACGACCGUGGUUCCCAGGGAGCCUUGGACCUGACUGAGUUGAUCGGCGUCCCCCUUCCUCCCUCCGUCUCCUUUGUCACAGGUUUCGAGGGUUACCCCGCCUACAGCUUCGGCCCGGAUGCCAACGUGGGCCGCCUUACAAAGUCAUUCAUCCCCGACCCAUUCUACUAUGACUUUGCCAUCACGGUCACAGCUAAACCCACCACACGGCGUGGUGGUGUGCUGUUCGCCAUUACAGAUGCUUACCAAAAGAUUGUGCACCUAGGUGUAGCACUGUCCGAGGUGGAGGAUGGUUCCCAGAGAGUCAUACUGUACUACACCGACCCAGGAACGAGAGGUGGGACACAGGAAGCAGCUUCCUUCAAAAUGGGAGACCUGACAGGGAGAUGGGCGAGGUUUACCCUGACGGCACAGGGAGCAGAGGUGCGUCUGUACAUGGACUGUGAGGAAUACCACCGGGUUGCCUUCUCCAGGAGCCCUCAGCCUCUGACCUUUGAGGCCAGCUCAGGGAUUUUCGUGGGGAACGCUGGGGGUACUGGCCUGGCGAGGUUUGUGGGCUCCAUCCAGCAGCUGGUGCUCAAGUCUGAUCCCACGGCCCCAGAUGACCAAUGCGAGGAGGACGAUCCUUAUGCCUCUGGAUACGGAAGCGGUGACGAUGCUUAUGAAGACAUGGAGAGAAUAGACGAAGUGAAGAAGAUUGUGGAGGAGAGAGAGUACACCAUGCCCCUCCCAGAGCUGGACUCCACUUACAGCACCCCAGUCCGAGCUCCGCCCACUGAGAUGUCACUGGGCGGGGAUGAUGAAGACAUAGAGGAGACUUCCGGACACGAGGUGGAGGUGACCACAGAAAGAAUGAAAUCAUUUGAGCCAAGUACUUCAGCCUCCGUACUUGACACUGACACUGUGACUCCAGGACAGAAAGGGGAGCGAGGUGAUCCAGGUCCAGCAGGUCCCCCAGGACCACCUGGCCCUCCAGGACAUGCCUCAGGAGGCGGGGAGGAAGGGCAGCCCGGACCCAGGGGUCCACCAGGACCACAGGGACCGUCAGGCCCACCUGGAGUUGCAGGGAAAGAUGGAAUGCCUGGAAGCAAAGGUGAAACUGGUGCCCCAGGAGCAACUGGGAUUCCAGGAUUCCCAGGACUACAGGGAGAGCCUGGUCCUAAGGGAGAAAAGGGCGAUCCUGGUGUUGGGCUUCCAGGUCCUCCAGGCCCUCCUGGACCUGCAGGUCAACCAAGGGCGUCGCCCAUGUUCCUGGAGGGGUCAGGAUUUGAAGACUUUGACAGUGACGCAGAGAUUAUUAGGGGGCCUCCAGGGCCUCCUGGUCCCCCGGGACAGCCAGGGCCCCCAGGAACUUCAUCUGAAGACAUCUUUCCCGGACCACCUGGGAUCCCUGGAAAAGAUGGGAGGGAUGGAGAGAGGGGUGAACCUGGACUGCCUGGAGUUGAUGGAAAAGAUGGGGAUCCAGGACCUGCUGGGGAGAAAGGAGACAAGGGAGAACCUGGUGUGAACGGGCAGCCAGGAGUGAAGGGAGAUCAGGGCCCUCCAGGGUUUCCAGGCGUGCCAGGCUCAGAAGGUCCAGAAGGGCAGCCUGGUCCCAGGGGUCCUCCAGGGCCCCCAGGUCCCCCUGGAAGAGGCUUCACCAUGGACUUUGAGGAUUUGGAAGGAUCUGGGAUAGAGGGUGGUUUUGGAGCUACGCUCUCCAGAGGCCCACAGGGUCCUCCAGGAAUCCCUGGACUUGAAGGACCGAAGGGUAAAGAUGGUUUAGACGGCUCCCCUGGAAACCCAGGGCAAAAGGGGGAGAAAGGUGCUACAGGAUCACCAGGGUUUCCUGGACUGGAUGGACUAAGAGGGGAUCAGGGACCAAAGGGGGGCAAAGGUGAUCCAGGACUAAAGGGAGAGGCAGGACGGGACGGGCUUAGUCUACCUGGCCCGCCAGGGCCACCUGGACCACCAGGACCCCUCCUCAACCUCCAGGAUCUUCUACUUAACGAUACAGAUGGUGCCUUUAACUUCUCAGGGAUUUUUGAAGCUCAGGGAUCUGCUGGUCCAAAGGGUGACACUGGGUUACCAGGAGUUCAAGGACCUCCAGGACUGAAAGGUCAAAAGGGUGAGCCAGGGAUUGUCAUCACAGCAGAUGGAUCCAUGCUGUCAGACGUAGCUGGUCCACUGGGACCCAAAGGAGUCAAGGGAGAUAUUGGUGUACCUGGACCUGCUGGAAUUCCAGGGCCUAUUGGACCACCAGGACCUAAAGGAGAGUUUGGUUUUCCAGGAAGACCUGGUCGUCCAGGCCUGAUGGGACCUAAAGGAGAGAGAGGGGACUCUGCAGGCCUGCCGGGACCUCCUGGCCCUCCUGGUUUGCCAGGCCGCCCAGGAAUAUUCAACUGCCCGAAAGGAACUGUGUUCCCCAUCCCUCCCAGACCCCACUGCAAAAUGGCUAACUGUACGACAAUGGCUCUAAAAUAUUCCUGCAAGCUGCAUGCCGAGGGUGGAAAGGCAAAGGCUCAUUGCCAAUACAGAAACCAGCUUAAUCCCAAUGGAACCAUUGCAGUCGGUAACUGUCAGACAGGACUAAAAGGAGAGAAGGGAGAGAGAGGCCUUCCUGGAUUGCCGGCGCCACCAAAUACAUACCUUCCCAGGGGUGGCUGGGGGUCCAGAGGUGACCAGGGCUUUAAAGGAGAGAAAGGAGACAAGGGGGAGGCAGGGUUGCCAGGGCGACCAGGUAUCCCUGGGAGACCAGGACCUGUGGGACCUAAAGGAGAGUCAGUGCUUGGUCCACAAGGCCACCCCGGGGUGCCAGGUUCACCGGGUAUCCCAGGCUAUGGCAGACCAGGACCUGUUGGCCCUCCUGGACCACCAGGGCCUCCAGGUCCCUCUGGGUCACCCUCAAGAUAUGGCUCAGCUUUGACCAUUGCUGGCCCCCCUGGACCUCCUGGACCAGCUGGACCUCCUGGACCUUCGGGUAACGCAGCAUCUCUGAAAACAUUUGCAAGCCGUGAGAGUAUGAUGCAGCACACAGUCAGGGAUGCAGAGGGAACUCUGAUGUACGUCACAGCAACAGGAAGUCUCUUCCUCAAGGUCUCCCAGGGAUGGAAAGAGAUACAGCUUGGCAGUCUGAUCUACCUCUCCAAUAACAUUAUUCCACAAGAUGAGCCUCGAGCUGCAUACCAGAUAAGAGGAGACACGAUGGAAAGAAUACGUUCAGUAAACGAAAGGCUCAACCUGGUGGCCUUGAACCAGCCCCACUCAGGCGAUAUGAUGGGACUCGACAUAGCCGAUCGGAUGUGUUAUGAACAAGCCAAGGCGAUGGGUUUGACUCCAAACUACCGCGCCUUCAUUUCCUCCCACAGGCAAGACCUGGUCCAUGUGGUCUACCCUGGUUUCCGAGAAACUCUGCCAGUUACCAACCUCAGGGGAGACGUGAUGUUUAGGAACUGGCGGUCAAUUUUCAAUGGUGACGGGGGGCCACUGGAUGCCAGGAUACCCAUCUACUCCUUUGACGGCAGGGAUGUUUUAGCUGACCCCUUCUGGCCUCAGAAGAGUAUCUGGCAUGGCUCCACCAGCAGGGGCCUCCGAGUGAUGGACAAACACUGUGAGACGUGGCGAGCGGACCACAUGUCUCUCAUGGGCCAGUCGUCGAGCCUGACCUCAGGUCUGCUCCUGGGCCAGCAGACGCGGAGCUGCUCCAACCAGUACAUUGUUCUUUGCAUCGAGACCCACAAAAACUUUUAACCCCCUCGCCCCUGUACCACUCAACCAAGGAACCCAUCCCAGCCAGCGCAAACGUUCAACACUCGGGGAAAAAGAUUUGAGUGUCUUUCAAAGAGAAGGACGUCGAUUUCAGCACAUCUGUGGUGCUAUGUGUAGCAUUUUGUGCUUUUUAAAACAGAGGAUAAUAUUUAACACUUUUUUUCACAAAGGGGAUGUUCAUACUUUUUUCUCUCCUUUCUCUGCUGACAUCACUUUAUGUUGUUGAAGGAGAGAGAAGAUUGUUAAGAGGCAGUAACAAACUCUUAACAACAGCCAAGACAUAAUCUGGGAAGGCAAGCUAACAUGAAGUUGAUGCUACACUAUGGAACUGGAAUUAUUUUGGGGGUUGUUUGCAAUCCAUUUUGUGUCUUAAAGGAGCUGUGUACAACAGUCAGAGCAUAUCUAUAAUUCAGAGUCUGAGCUGGAAUUGUCUGCAUUCGGCUCUCAACAUGGAGGUGGCUGAAUUUGCAGCUAGCAGCUAACUGUGCUAACAGCAUGUGCUGACAGAGAUCAUUUUUUGGAUUGUUUGCAGUCCUAAUUUGAGACUAAAAAGAGCUGGAGUCUGAGCUGGGAUUGUCUGCACUUGGCUCUCAACAUGGAGGUGGCUGAGCAGGUGGCUAGCAGCUAACGUUGCUAACAGUGCAAACAGCCUAAACAAUGGCAACAGUGCUGACAGAGCUAAUGGUGCUAAGGUAAGGAGGAAGUGAAAGAUUGGGCAUUACACUCCCGCAACAAUGCUGUUCUCAGCAUUAACCACCUCGUGAGUGCAGCACAUAGCUGUGGCAAUUUGGCUAGCCAGUGGGAUAUGACUACAACAGACUACAACAACAAAAAACAGAGAAGCUCAGAUUACAACACACACAGAGGAAGCAUGACUUCAUUCGCUGCUCAGGACGCCAUUACUUCACUAUAUCUUUACAUAGCAAAUAGAUGUUUGCAGCUGUAUUAAUGCUCUGAAUGUUAUGUACAGCACUUUUAAAGUAACGCCCCAUCAACAUUGUAAGAAAUAUUUCCCCUCAUGUUCACCCUGUUGGCACAUAAUGUAAAAUGCAACACAGAGGCUGAUGGAGGCUGAGACAAUAUUCAUGCUAAUAUCUCAGAUAGAAAUGUGGUAAUGCUUUCUUAGUUUUAAAAAUGAUACACGCAGCACCUUUAACCUUUAUUCAGGCAAAGUGGACUCAUUUGCAACUAGACACAUCUGUUUCACUUUACAAGAAUCAAACAAGAUAUACAAAGGCUUUUUCCCUACAGUCACCCAGGUGUGUUGAGGAUAAGACGUCUCUUUUUUUAAGUUGGUCUCUUUGUUGUUCAGGAGACUGAAAAUGCAGCGGCUGGCAGUUUUUACAAAUGAUAGAUUUCCAAAGACUUUUGUGACGGAAGCACAAAGCUACUUUCACUGCCUUGUUUACAGGUUGUCAUGGAGGGUUUUAAACGUUUCUGUAGACAUGUUUUAAGGGUAAGAAAUGUCUUCCUAUAGCUUACAGAGUCCCUUGUCCAACAGUGGGAAGUCCAGACGACCAGUGUUGCCACCAAAGUCAUUUUUGAUGCACUGUACUUUAUUUUUAAAAAAAUAUAUUUUCUAGUUCAACAUUUUCAUCCUUGAAUGUGUUGUUUGUGUCGUAGCUUUUUCAUACAUCUUGGUGAUCUCACAUCUUAGCAGCUCUUUCUCUCAAUAGGCUAUUUAAUUUAAAUUCAAUGAUUUAUUUAUACCGUCACAGCACAUAACAUGAAAUCAGAUGAGUAAAUUUAAGAAUGUAAUUUAUCGUUUUGUUGUUUGUCAAAUGUUUUUUUUCUCACUUUUUUUUUUUUUUUUGUACUUUUUGUUUUAAUUUCUGGAAAAUAUUGACAACAGUCAAAACGAAUUUCCACCGAGAUUUAAUUGGAAAAAGCUAAAUAAUUUUCAUGCUGAAAAAGAAGACCAGAAAAAAAGAAAUUCCAUGGGGAAAAGUGAGAGCACAUGUUUUUGUAUAAAUA